AUGGCCAACCGCCAAGAGGUUCUGCACGCAUAUAGGCACCUGUACAAGGGUCUCCUUCGCGGCGUGCAGUACUCCAUCCCCGCGCGGUACAUUGUGCGCGACCAGAUCCGGCUCGCCUUUCGCCAAGACGCCCCGACGACGACAGCGACGACAGCGACGACAGCGACGACAACAGGGGCUGCCAACUGGGAUGCGGGCGCCAUCAAGCGCACGCUCUGGUUCCUGUCGGCCGCGGGCCGGGAAAAGGGCCUGGAGCACCGGAUCCUGCGGAACCUGGUGCGCAUGCACAGCGAGCGGGCGGCGCCGACGAGGCGCUGGCGGAGGGCGCAGAUCUGGGAUAAGAAGCCGUGA